CUCCCAUUGCAAUGAUUGACAGAGGAAACGGCCAUACGCGAAUCAAGGGCACUUUAGAAAUCCUAUAAGAUAAUGAAGGAGACGGGCUUUAAGAACGAAUGGUUCCCGAUGUCCCCACGGUUUAGUUACUGCUUGUUGUGGACGGAAGAGGGCGGAGUGUGUUUGUCACCCAAGUGUGAAGUACUGACUCGGUGCUUCCAAAAAUCGGAGGAUUUUUCCCCCGUUUCAAUUCAGGCUGUGUACAAACAUCACAGUCUAAGGAGGACGCCAAGCAACACCCAAGCUCGUCUUGGAUGUUAUUUAGAUUGGUUUACCAAACGGAAUCAGAGAGGAUAAAACAGCUGCAAGCGGGAGACACAAUAACAAGCCAAACGUGACAUAUGUUUGGAGAGAAAAUAAGGGAUUUGACUAGAGAUUUCAAAAUAGUUCUCUUAUUUUCAGGAGCCAAGUGUGGAACUCGCGUGAAUAUCUACAGGUGAAAAAAAAAAAUAUUUCUUAACUGAGAAAUUGGCUCGCUCUACGGUGCCCAACGCAAUCAUUUGCUGAGCAUCAACCCAGUCGCCAAACAUCUGUAAAAUGACUGGGGAUAUGGCUGUUUUCCUGUUAUCAAUACUGUUGCAAGUGGGAUUUGUUAUUGGAUCAAAUUAUAGACAUGUGGAGUGGCCAGAGCACGAGCGAGAUAUCAGAGCACCGCAGCCGAUCUACAACACUCAUAUCAAGUACCAAAAAGCACAUCUUCGUGCGUCUCAUCCGCCAAAAGGCGCGACAGAGCGCUCCGUCUUGCCGCAGAAUAUUGAGGAGCAUCUUCCUCGGGUCGUCACGGCGUUUUUACACACAGGGGAUUCUACUACCUUAAAACAUGCCAACUGCUCACGGAGAUACGAGCUCAGUGCUCUGCGAGGGAGGUCUCAUACGGCCCCGCAUUAUACCAUGCACAGCGUGCUGGACACUGUGAUGCACGCUACUAACUACCUAAACAUGAUACUGCAAGCCAACAGGUCAAGGGAGCAGAGUCUCCGACGAGACAUUGAGUGGUACCACGCGCUGGUCAGGAGUAUAUUGGAGGGGGACUCCAAGAUCCACAGGGCCGUGGUCAUAUUCAACACUGAGUUGUCUGCCCAAGGGCCCUCCGUCUUUCUCCAAGCUACGAGAGCAGGAGGCGAGAUAGUUCUCCAGGAUCUCUCCAGCACGGCCCACCAUCACCUCAAAAACAGAACGACCGAGACAGAGUGGUACCACGACAUCAAAGACAAGAAGAAGCCCCACUUCCACAAAAGGGUGUUGAGCCAAGACAUUACAUCAGUUGAUGCCUCUCUGAAAAGAGGAGAGAGUUUCAUACCUGACAAAUCCCAUAUCAAAUGGUCAGCACCAUACCUGGAGUGUGAACACGGGAAUUUCAUCCCGCGGUGGCUUUUGACCCUAUCAGCUGGUUUCUAUGGCCUCAAACCCAACCUGGCUCCAGAGUUCAGGGGUGUGGUUCGAGUGGAUGUCAAUCUGCAGGAUGUUGACAUCGACCAGUGCUCUGCGGACGGCUGGUUUGCUGGGACCCAUCGAUGCAACCUGACUACUAUGGAGUGCAUGUCUAUCCGAGGCCAUGGGUUUGUGCUCGACAAAUACAAAUGCCAGUGCAAGACAGGCUUCUACCACCCCAACAGAGUGGCGGUCAAUGGCUUCAAAAGUUGGGGCAGAAAGGGAAAAGCUUCAGAUGGGGUUCCUAACCUGGCCGAGGGGUCGUCCAGCGACUGCCUGCCCUGUCAGGAGGACUGUGCCUACUGCAAGGAUGACACGCCCUGUGUUGCUCAAAGUGACAGCGCCCUGCGCAUGGCCGUGCUCUCCUUCCAGGUCCUGUGUAUGCUGGUGGACUUUGUCAGCAUGGUGAUCAUCUACCACUUCCGCAGGAAAAAGAGUAUCAGAGCUUCUGGGGUAGUUCUAUUGGAGGCCAUCCUGACUGGAGCACUGCUUCUCUACUUUCCGGUGGUCAUUCUGUAUUUCCAGCCGAGUGUAUUCCGCUGUAUCUUGUUGAGAUGGGUUCGCCUGUUGGGAUUCACCACAGUCUAUGGGACAGUGACCCUAAAGCUCUACAGGGUCCUGAAGGUUUUCCUGUCGCGAACGGCCCAGCGGAUCCCCUACAUGACCAGUUGGCGGGUGCUGCGUCUCCUGGCCAUUAUCCUGCUCAUCGUCUGCUGGUUCCUGGUGGCCUGGACCUCGGCCGUCUGCCAGAACCUGGACAGGAACCUGGCCCUCAUCGAGGUGGGCUACACCCCCGACCCGGACGGCCUCCAGUUCAGCAUGUGCCUGCUAGAUCGCUGGGACUACAUGAUGGCCGUCGCGGAGUUCCUGUUCCUGCUGUGGGGAGUGUAUCUGUGCUACACCGUGAGGACGGUGCCGUCGGCCUUCCAUGAGCCCCGUUACAUGGCCAUCGCCCUCCACAACGAGCUCGUCCUGUCUGCCAUCUUCCAUGUUAUUAGGUUUACUCUUGCACCUGAGCUCCACCCAGACUGGAUGCUGCUACUAUGGUUUGCUCACACCCACCUGACUGUAACUGUCACUCUGGGGCUAAUGAUUGUCCCCAAGUUUCUGUUUCAUGGUACUCACAUGAGAGAUGAUAUUGCCUCUGAGGCCUAUGAGGAUGAAUUGGACAUGGGUCGCUCUGGAUCUUACCUCAACAGCAGCAUAACAUCAGCCUGGAGCGAACACAGUCUGGAUCCGGAGGACAUCCGGGAGGAGCUGAAGAAACUGUACUCCCAGUUGGAGAUCUACAAGAGGAAGAAGAUGUUGGCCAACAACCCUCACCUACAGAAGAAGCGCAGCUCCAAGAAGGGACUGGGUCGUUCCUUGAUGAGACGCAUUACGGAGAUCCCAGAGACGGUACACCGGCAGUGCAGCCGUGAAGACAAGGAAGGGGGCGAUCAUGGGAGCAAUCGCAACAGCAUCUGCGUCUUGAGGAAGAACCCCUUCGACCCCUCUCAUCUGGGGAAGCCUGCCAAAGAGGAGUCCCUGAAGAGCAAGGUCUUCACCCUGAAGAAGUCGCACAGUAGCUACGACCAUGUCCGCGACCAGAGCGAGGACUCCAGCAGCUCUGCUACUGACAAGAUGGAGGUUAUGACCACUGAGGGAUCCCUUAUAGACACCCUGAUGGGCAAAAAGCUGGUCAAGAAGAAGUCCAAUGAGAAGAUUGAUGCUGUGAGCGAAUUGACUGAGAACGUUCCCUUGGUCUGCAAGUCGGCCAGUGCUCAUAACCUGACACAAGACAAGAAGCCCAUCCACCCAAGAACGUCCAUGCUACAGAAGUCACUGAGCGUCAUCGCCAGCGCCAAAGAGAAGACCUUGGGCUUGACAGGAGGGAAGACACAGACUGUUGAAGACAGCAGCAAGAAGAUCCAACAGAACACUAAAGAAACCAAGGAAAGUCCAGAAUCAGAAGACGAUUGCUAUCCCCACAUGAUCGGUAGCCAGUCGGUGGAGUACAAGCAGACUGCAGCGAAAACUGGGAUCAUGAAGCAGCAGGUGAGUGGCAGCCAGCCAACCAUCUGCUCCGACCCAUUGAAGGCCAAGGAAAUACAAGACCUCACAGAGGUGUGUCCUUGGGAAGUAGAGGACCUGCCAACACCUUCUGAGAACAAGAUCCAGAAGCAUGUCUCCAUAGCACCCGAGGAAACCACCACAGUCCAUGGAAAUGGAACCAAGGGGGUCAAGCCCCAACAGCAAAAGCAGAAAGGUAGUGACCAGUCCUCCACAAGCUCCCGGCAUUCUAAAGACAUCCAGCGAGCAGACAUAUGCCCUUGGGAGGAUGGAGGUGAAAGCAAAGCCCCAGUGGAGGGAUCCAAGCCACAAUCCUCCAGUCAGGUUCCUCAACCUGCUAAGAAUAUCCAGUCUAACCAGCCUCCACCUGCAGCAGAUAGCUCUAAAAAGAAGGUUGACGUAUGCCCUUGGGUCUUUGAAGAGGAGCCUGCCAAGAUGGCUGAGGUAGCUUGUUCACCUGACAAGACUAGGCACAACAAGUGUACUACUCUAGUGGAGAGCAAAGGGAAAGGUGCUCUGUCAGAACCACCCUGCAAAUCACCAGGCAGCUCUCUCCUCCAGCCAGUUACAAAGGUUGACGUCUGUCCCUGGGAUUAUGGCACCCCAGCGAUGUCUCCCAAUUCUGAGAAAACUCCUAGUCCUACUACAGUUUCCAAAACAAAGGAAUUCCCCUCCAAAAAGAAGGGCACACCUUUCACAAGAACUUUUGAGAAGGAGAAAGAGAAGGCAAAAUACACUGACGAUGACAACUUUAGAGCGAAAGCCAAGGACAAAAGUAAAUCCACAGAGAAACAUAUGAGCCAAUCCAAAAUGACGGAGGUGUGCCCUUGGGAAGUGGAGAGUAGUCAGGAAGUGCCAAUGGUAGAAAAACGGAAAAGUGCAAAUGUUGGAGCAGUUAAAGGGAAGCCGGUUGAAGUCUGUCCGUGGGAUUAUGAGGAUGCAUCAGAGAAAAAAGGAACAGACAAGGGUACUUCUGCAGCGAAACAGAGUAAUCCAAAUCCCAAAGGGGGGGUUGUAAGUGGCGGGAAAAAGGCUGAUGUAUGUCCUUGGGACUUUGACGACAGUACUGCAGGGAAAAAGGCCUGACAUAAAUCAACAUUUAUGGACAACUAAAAAUGUAGUUGUUGUUGUAUACAUUGUUUUCCACUUUAGAGUCCUCAAAUAUAGACUUUUACUAUGAAUAUGGUGACUUCGACAAAAAUAUCAAGUUGCACAAGUUGCCUUCCUUUCCAAUAUUUUCCCCCGUUUUGUCUUUUUUUGUGUGAAAAUUUAUAAACUUACAAAAAUAAAGCAACAAAAUCAUAUUAAGCAUUCCAGAUUCUUACAGAGUAUUCUGAAUGAUAAAUCUUAGUCGUACAAUUAUGCAACUUCCAAUUCACUUUAUGUGCAAUGUUUUAUGAGUGGACAUUUGCAUUUUUUUUAUAUGUAUCUUCUUUUAAUCGGUCAUAAAAAGCCCUCCACACACUAACAUGGCACACUUAGAAUACAAGGUUAAUCGAUAUUAUGUAAAUAGAUGUUCUCCUGCAGGUUUUAUUAACUGAAAUGUACUAGUUGUUGAGCAUGAACUACCACGUCUAUGUUUAAAGUCAGAGUGGCUUGUUGAACAAAUAAUAGAAUGCCAAAGAUAUAGGGAACAUCUUUAACAAAAUAGUGGAAGAACUCACAAGAAUCGUGUCAUGACAAACAACUUAAUAACUUUUGUGUGCCCAAACCAAGGCGCUGCUAGUGAGGGAAUCAGCUUAUAGCACUUUAGCGAAAACCUUAGGGAAAAUGUUUUUCAUCACAUACUUUAUUCAGCCUCAUGGUUCUAGCAAGUCACCACGUGUACAUCCAUGUUUAAAUUGCUGAGUUUUUAGAUUUCCUUUAGUUUUCAGCAAUGUCUAAUGCUUCCAAGUCUGCAGAAAUGUAUUACUGUAUGUGCCUAACUAACUACAACUGUCUUCUUUCAGUCUGUAUAAAGUCCUGAGUGGAACAGGGAUUGUUCUUCAGCAUUCUGUGAAGGUGUAUUAUAUAAACAGCAUGCACAGUGAGGUAACGAGAGGGGUGGGAUCCAAAUGGUUUGUCAACUGAAGCAAAUAAUAAUUAAUUUAUGUUAUUAAUACUUCAGCAUGUUUUUUUCACUUUUAGAAAAGCAUUAGCUCAUCCUUUAAGCUUUUGCAUUCCCAAAAGCACAUUGAGAGUUGAAAUGAUACAAUGGGGAGAGGCAUUAUGGCGUUAAUGUGUGUCGAAUUGUUCCUCUUUCUGGAUAGAACAUAUACCUGUGUUUGUGAUAGUUUUAGCAUUUUUAUACAUACAGUAUAUUUCUAGUGUUUGAAGUAUAAUGCUCGUUUUAUUGUCUUAGGACUUUUGCUUAACACUGUCUCUACAAAUUCUUGGCAGAAUAAAUUCACACCUGGUUUUCAUUAUUCAUAUUCAAAAGUAUUAUUCAUUAUUCACACUUUAUGUCUAAUGUUUCCGAAAGCUUCAAUUCUUUGAGCAAGCAAAAAAUAAUUUUGCUUUCAUGCAUCAAUUAAAGAUGAACGUUUACAGGAAUAUCUGAGUUACAAAAUAGCUACAUCACAAUAAUAAUUUAUUGUAGUUUAGUAACCACACUGGUUUCUAGAAACAUCUGAUGAAAAGUAAUGUAAUGGAAAUAAUAUAUCAAUAUAACAUUAAUGUAACAGUGUACUCAUAAAUUAGAUGGUAUUUUGGACUGCGUUGAAUGUUGUCAUUGGUAAUGAUUCCUGUACAGCUAUCAUAGUUGUUUGUUACAGUUGGCAUGGAUUACUGUAUGGUAUGAUGCCUGUACAUGUGAUCAUGAAUGCGAUCAGGUAAUCACAUUUCUGCUUCAUUCAAAUUCUUACAUGAUCUUAUUUUUGCUCAGUAACUUAACAUGCGGAACAAGUAGAUUGAACUUGUUUUCAAAAGCAAAAUAAUUCUCAAACAAUAUUGUUUAUGCUUUUAUUAUCUCUUUAUAAUAUUUCACUUGAUUUAGUUUAACAACCAAACAGGCAUAGUAUAUCAGAAUAUAGCUACUCCACAGCCAGACUCUAUAAAACAUGAUUUAGAUGAUGUGUCUUACUUCUGUCUCCCUCCACAGAGAAUUAUAUCUACCAUUGACCUCACGGGGCCACGUCUGAAAUACGUCAAACCCACACUAUCAGCCUUAGAGCAUGAGAUUGAGAUUUGUCACAGGCUUUGCUUAAUGGGCAGCUGGAAUAGUGUCUGAAAGGAAAUGUCACCCUGCGUAGUUUGAUUGUAAUGGUUUGAUGGACCUUGAUGAUAUGUAUGAACUAAUCAUAUCAACCAUCACAUAUAUUGUAAUAUCUGCUCUUAAAUGCCAACUUCAGACAAUCCCAGGGACCUAGCCUGCCCCUAGCCAACAGUAUCCCCUCAAACACUAAUAAGAUGAACCCAUUGGCUCUUGAGGAUAUGAUACCUGGUCAUUUCAGCCACUGUAAGAUCACUACAAACACCUCUCGAAGCUAAAAGGAUAUUAUGUUUUAUACCAUUCAUAAUUGGGUGUCUUCAUACCUCUCAAAUGGCGUGAAAGUGCUGUUAAGUACCAAUAACAAAAAUGAACAUCACACAGGUCUUAACAGUCACAUUAGAUACAUAUAACCUUCAAUGAUAUAUGUAUCAGUACCUUGUGGCAGUUGAAUCAGCUCAUGGAUUUGUAACAAAGUGUAUCAAUCUGUGUCUAUUUUGUCAGUCUCUCUGGAAAUGGUCAUUGUGUUGCAGUAUGUCCUACAUACUUCAGUUCUUGAACAUAAUGAUGACUUAAAAUCCAUUGUUACCUGUAACCUUUUCAACAUGAAUAUUGUGUCCUGUUACUAUUCUUCGAACUCAUGAUUUUACUUUUUAACCAUGGGUGAUUUCCGUUCGUAAGCUUGUUUGAUUUAACCUGACUUCUCUUGUGACCAAACCAAGUCACUGAUUGGGAAACACUACUACUACUACUACUCAAUGCUGUAACGUUGUAACUAUUGCUCUCGUGGCUUCUGCAUGAUAUCAAGAAAUUCGUAGGACCAAUGUUUCACUGCCCUUAAUAGAACAAAAAAAAACGGUAUCUUUUAUGGACUGUUACAAGUUGUUUAGUGAGUGAUACUGUACCAUUACCCACUGUAUUAUGUGCUUGUUAUACUUAUUGCUCUAUGACAAGCUUAUAGCAUCCGUAUAUGGGAAUAUUUGGUAGAUUUAUAUUGUGUUAUAUUGUGAUAGCAUGUACAUAAAAAUACCUCCUCUGCAAUAAAUAUUUAUAUGAAACUCAA